UGAAACAACAACAAAACCACAUAAAACCAACCAAACUACUUCAACCUUCGACCUCUCGAAUCUUGGAAAAAUCUUUCUCAACAUCCCAUAUUCACAAAUCACUUUAAUCAAAACUUUCAUCUUCUUCCUCAAACUUGUCCUUUCAAAUCUCAAAUUAUGAAAAUUUCACAGAAACUAGCUGCUGCCGAAGCCGAAGGAAGGGUGUCCUGGUCAUUCGAAUACUUUCCACCUAAAACCGACAAUGGUGUUGCCAAUUUGUACGAUCGAAUCGAAAGAAUGUCACAAUUAGGACCAAUUUUUAUUGAUAUCACUUGGGGAGCUGGUGGAACGACAAGUAAUCUUACAACUGAGUUUGUUAAGACUGCUCAUCGACAAUUCGGUCUUGAAACUUGUAUGCAUUUGACAUGCACCAAUAUGCCUCAGGAACAAAUCGAUAGUGCACUCAAGGAAGCAUAUGAUUCUGGCUGUGAAAAUAUCUUGGCACUUCGUGGUGAUCCACCUCGCGGAAGUUCCGAAUGGACGGCUACCGAAGGAGGUUUCACGCACGCUGUUGACUUACUUCGACAUAUCCGGUCUACCUAUGGUGACCAUUUCGAUAUAGCUGUUGCUGGUUUUCCAGAAGGACCUACCGAUCCAAACUUAACUCGACUUCAAGAAACAAUGUACUUGAAAGAAAAAAUCGAUGCAGGAGCUAGCUUUAUCUUUACCCAAAUGUUUUACGAUGUAGACGUGUUUAUUGAUUGGGUAAGAGAAUUAAGAGCAGCAGGUAUUAAAGUACCGGUAAUCCCAGGUAUCAUGCCAAUCCAAAGUUGGGCUCAAUUCAAACGGAUCACUACUUUCCACAAAACGGCGGUUCCUCCAUCUUUCCUCAGUCAACUUGAACCCAUUCAAAAUGACGAUCAAGCAGUUAGAGAAGUCGGAACUCGUUUGAUUGCUGAUAUGUGUAGAAAAAUUCUUGAUUCAGACCUUGGAAUCAAGAUUUUGCACUUUUAUACAAUGAAUUUGGAAAGAGGAACUAAGAUGAUUUUAGAUGAACUUGAAAUGAGUCCAUACAGAGAUAUCACUAAUCCAUUGCCCUGGAGGCUGUCUCUCUCUGGAAAACGUCGUACAGAGUCUAUUCGACCAAUCUUUUGGGCUAAUCGUACCAAAUCAUACUUAACACGAACUGAAACUUGGGAUGAAUUUCCAAACGGACGUUGGGGAGAUUCUCGUUCACCAGCUUAUGGAGAAUUAGACGGAUAUGGCAUUAACAUCAAUCCAGCAACUGCCGAAUCUCUCAAAGCUCUUUCAAAACCACCUACCAACUUAUCUCAACUUGCAUCGAUUUUUGCUGCUUAUUGUGAUCCUAUGAGAGCUCAACUUAGUGGAGCUCAAAUUGUUAAACAUUUACCUUGGAGUGAUAUUCCUCUUUCUUCUGAAACCUCUGAUAUUGCUGAUAUCUUGGCUAAGAUCAAUCAGAGAGGUUUUUUGACUAUUAACAGUCAGCCUGCGGUUGACGGGGCCAAGAGUAGUGAUCCUGUUCAUGGAUGGGGACCCAGGGGUGGUUACGUUUACCAAAAGGCAUACCUUGAAUUCUUUUGUUCACCUGAACAAUUCAACUCAUUGCAACGAAGAUUGGACAACGAUCCGGAUGUGACCUACUACGCAGUGACCAAGACCGGUCAAUUGAAGACGAACAACCAAAACGCAGGACCGAAUGCAGUGACUUGGGGGGUCUUCCCUGGUAAAGAAAUCAUUCAACCUACGAUUGUAGAAUUAGUAAGUUUCUUGGCAUGGAAAGAUGAAGCAUUUGAAUUAGGACAACAAUGGGCAGAAUUAUAUAAAAGCAGUCUAGAUGAAGAAAGAUUGAAAAGUUAUAAGUUCAUCAAGAGUGUGAUGGAUAAUUGGUUUUUGGUCAAUAUUGUGAACAAUGAUUAUAGAAAAUCUAACUCGGAUUGUGAAAUCCAAUCAGAUAGUGCUUUAUUCAAAUUUUUCAAACCUGAACCUAUUAUUGUAGAAGUAGAAGAAAAGACUGGGACUGGUGUGAUGACCAAUGCGAUCAAAAAGAUACAAGAUGGGGUAGCUACAUUGACGGUCACUGGGACCACCACCGCAUAGAGAACAAUAGAUCUUGAAACACACAUACCGGGUUCUUUUAUCCUUUUCAAUUUCAAGAAUUGCUUGAAUCAUAUUAAUUGUUUAUAUUUUUUCGUUUAUAUAUUUUCUAUGACCUUAACUUUAGACAUGUACUACCUUGUAUGACCUACUUUUUCUUGGUCAUUUAUAUCUCGAUAUCUAUAGAUCAUUCAACUGUUCUUAGAUUUUUUUAACUCAUCAUGAUGAAUGCAAUGUGGUUCUUCUUUUC